CCAUCCUAUCAUGCCUGGGACAGCAUUUGUCAACGUACAAGUCAGAGCACUCCAAAAUGGCGGAUCGUGAAGAGGACCCAGAGAAUGAAGACGACACAUGCGAGGUGAUCUACCUGACAGAAUAUGCCAGACGUCAACAAUGGUGGGGCCGCCUAUUUGGUGGGAACAAUUCGGGUCCUAUGUCUGAGAAGUAUUCGGUGGCCACACAAAUAGCACUGGGGGGAGUGAGUGGCUGGUGUGCAGGAUAUCUUUUCCAGAAGGUGGGGAAGAUCGCAGCCACCGCUGUGGGUGGAGGAUUCCUGUUAUUACAGAUAGCCAACCACAGUGGCUAUGUGCAGGUGGACUGGAAGAGAGUGGAAAAGGAUGUCAACAAAGCCAAGAGACACCUGAAGAAGAAUGCUGACAGGGCUGUACCAGAGUUUAACUCACUUAUUGACCAGUCAACAGAGUUUGUGAAGACAAACGUAAUCAUCACCAGUGGAUUCUUUGGAGGCUUUUUGCUUGGUCUGGCAUCCUAAGAUAUAAAAAUAGAGACCUGCAGUUUAUUAAGGCUUUGUUUUGAGAGGUCUUGUCUGUCGUGCCCUUCUUAAAUGGUGGUGGGAAAAACAAGAACAGAUGCACAAUAUAUCAAAAUGAGCCAAAGUGUAAUUACACAAACCACAAAAGGGUAGGGCACUUGUAAAUACUCUGUAAUGUGUACCUACAGUUACACAAUACCUACCCAUGUAUCUACCAUGUAAAUGCUAAAUGCUUGGUUUUAGUGCCACUUGAAACUGUAACCAAGAUUUUCUGCUUCUCCACCGAAUAAACAAAACCAUGUUUCUAGUCAGGCUUCAGCUCUGAUUCAAGAAAAUCGGGCAUGACCUAAAAGGAGUCAGUGGGUCUUGUCUCAUUCAAUUGCUUUGAGCGGGUGCUGGAGCUCAAAGUGCGUACUUACAUGUAUUUAAAACAGAUAGGAAGACGCCACACAUUGCAAUCUAAGCUGUAUUUAUUGAGAUCGACCUUGUGGUCCAUCAUACUCCCUUGCAUCCCGUAGAAGUAUACGUACAGUGUACUGUUGCAUUGGUUACAUGUACACACCUUAUUGGGCUGUAAUUCUGGACCUUAUUGAUUACAUUUGGGCCCAGUUCUUUUCCAGUUCAUUUGUUUAUAUUGUUAUUUUUGUCAAUAGUCCUACACCGCUAGUAUACUCAAGUCAUGCAGUGCAUCAUGUUGCUCAGGAAACUAUGCAUGACAUGUCAUUUUCAUUGUAUGCAUUAAUUCUUCAGUCACGUUAUAUUGAGUGAUUUAGGAUUACUAUGACAAUAUAUUAUGUUGUCUUUACAAGCAGUGCAAUAUUUGCUUAGAGGUAGUGUAGCCUCUUCUCUUUCACAGAAAAGCUAUUUACCUUUGUUAUUGAAUGACAGUGUUGUUGUACUUUGUGUAUAUAUCCUUAAUAAAAGACAAUGCAGCAA